AGGUAGCGAAAAUUUUGGAAAGAGCACUGAGACUGAUAAAGGCAUAUCCUCGCCUGCUUGCCCGGAUGUACAGUGGCUGAACAAUCCGAUCAAUCUUCUUUCCCUACCGCUCAUCUCUCAGCCAGACUGUCGCACGCUAUAUCUCCGUUUCAAUCUCCUCCAUUCACACCGUUAAAACCCAACCCAAUCAAUAUACGGUAUCUACCUUCCACUUAGCUAGGUCGCAGCCUACACCACGCCGUUCGUCUAAUAUACUGAGCAGUGAACAGAUCAGCUUAGACGGUGUUGUUGAGCCCCUAAAAAAUAUUCUUCCGCGUGUCGCCUGCUAUAUAUCAGUCAGGAAAGCAGAUGUCAAUUGUUGGAUCUCCGAGUUGUCCCUCAAUUUACCUCACUCGCAGCUCUGGCGGCGUAUGUGGAAAAUGUGUUUCAGCUCAUACACUGACACAGUUCUGCCUUUCCAGCUCCGGCGGAAUAUGCUGUGGGGCUUCAAUAAAAAGAAAGAAAAGUAGUGGAAAUUUUGGGAAGAGAGUUGAGUGUGUGAUAAAGACAUCUCCUUCUGCUUGGCCAGGAAGUGCAGUGGCUGAACCAAUUCAAAAGAGUUGGAAUGGUCCAAAGCCUAUUUCCAUUCUUGGUUCAACUGGUUCCAUUGGAACUCAGACGCUGGACAUAGUUGCUGAGAACCCCGACAAAUUUAAAGUUGUUGCACUUGCAGCUGGGUCAAAUGUGUCUCUUCUCGUGGAUCAAGUCAAAACAUUUAGACCAAAGUUAGUUUCAAUACGACACGAAUCAUUGGUUGAUGAACUCAAAGAAGCUUUGUCUGGACUUGAAGAUAAACCUCAAAUUAUUCCAGGAGAACAAGGAGCUAUUGAGGUUGCCCGGCAUCCAGAUGCUGUCACUGUUGUAACUGGAAUAGUUGGUUGUGCAGGGCUUAAGCCCACAGUGGCGGCUAUAGAGGCUGGGAAAGACAUAGCCUUAGCCAACAAAGAGACAUUAAUUGCCGGUGGUCCAUUUGUCCUUCCUCUCGCUCAAAAGCAUAAUGUGAAGAUUCUCCCUGCUGAUUCCGAACAUUCUGCCAUUUUCCAGUGUAUUCAAGGCUUGCCAGUGGGUGCCCUUAGACGUAUAAUUCUAACGGCUUCUGGAGGAGCUUUCAGGGAUUUACCUGUUGAUAAAUUGAAAGAUGUGCAAGUAGCCGAUGCUUUAAAGCAUCCUAAUUGGUCUAUGGGUAAAAAGAUCACCGUUGAUUCUGCCACCCUAUUCAAUAAGGGUCUAGAAGUAAUCGAGGCUCAUUAUCUAUUUGGGGCAGAGUAUGAUGACAUUGAAAUUGUGAUUCACCCACAGUCCAUUAUUCAUUCCAUGAUUGAAACACAGGAUUCGUCUAUAUUGGCACAGUUGGGCUGGCCUGAUAUGCGUCUUCCUAUUCUCUAUACGAUGUCAUGGCCAGAGAGAAUUCAUUGUUCUGAGAUCACAUGGCCCCGCCUUGAUCUCUGCAAGAUUGGGUCGUUGACAUUUAAAGCCCCGGACAAAGUAAAAUACCCUUCCAUGGAUCUCGCUUAUGCUGCUGGGCGGGCAGGAGGGACGAUGACAGGAGUUCUCAGUGCCGCAAAUGAAAAAGCCGUUGAGUUAUUUAUCAAUGAGAAAAUUGGCUACCUCGACAUUUUCAAGAUUGUUGAGCUAACUUGUGAUAAGCAUCAAGCAGAGGUGGUGGCGUCGCCUUCUUUGGAGGAAAUUGUACAUUAUGACUUGUGGGCCCGAGACUUUGCUUCCAGUUUGCGAUUGCUCUCAGCUUUUGUAUAACCAACCACCUGACGGCCACUAGGCCGCCCAUCAUGUUGGUGCUCCUCAUCCGGUUAAGUGUAUAAUAUUUGCUAGAAUAAAGAGUCUCUCAUGAUACAAUUAUGCAAUUAGCUGCUCAGUCUUCGAUACGACGAUACCUAUUAUACCAAUGUGGGUUCCAAAAACAUUACAAGAGUAACAAGACCCUCAAUUUGGUGGGGUAUACAAAUUUUAAACUCUGAUGUAACUUUAUGAAGUGCUUAUAUUAAGGAUGUGUAUGAGAAAAACGUUUGAGUAAAAAUAGCGGUUUGAUCUUUUUUUACAAUUUUCAAUUAGUGACAACAUUGAUUCAUUAUUUGGUAAUUAGUUGUUCGGC